CCUUAAUAUUGCACAUCUAAAUAUACAGUCUAGGUUCUGAAUCGAAAAGUUUGGUAUAUUGAAAGACAGUUCGUGUGAUAAAAUCAAAAAAAAGUGUUAGGGAAUACAUUAAAAACAAAUAAUGCUUAAAUAGUGCAAUCAAAAAACUUGAAUAUCUACAUUAACCAGUUAACACAUGUUCCUCCUGAAGAAACUUUUCAGCUAGUUUCUAAUGGAGUGUGCUCUAUUUAUUUUUUAUAGCUGACAAGCUCAGACAGUGCAAUUGAUGAGCUUUUGAUCUGUAUUAAAAGAAAUAUGCCAAGAAGGAGGAAGAAAUCAUCCCAUCUCAAAGCUCCAUUAGUAUUUACUGAAAGUCCUGUAAACAAACAGAGAAAUUUGCCAACCCCUGUCUAUUGUGCUCAGCACCCAGUAACUGUUGCACAGCACAGCACAAGUAAUGUUUCUUGGGUAUCUCCUCAGUUUAAUGGUGUCCCAGGAACAGUAAGGGGGCAGCGGAGGGCUCGCAGAAGAAGAAUAUCACCCCCAUCUUUACUUGACAACAAAGCUCCUUGCACUUGUCAGGGCAGAAGUAAUUCUAAAUCACCCAGAUUCACCAGACUUAAGAAAAAGACAAAGUUUGCUUCCCUUCAGUUUGUAGGGGAGAAAACUCCUCCAGUCACAGUCAUAGAGGAUGUCAAUUUCACAGACUGUGAAGAUGAAAGUGUGGCAUUCAAAGAAAAUUCCCCAGAAAAUGGACAUAGGAAAGAAAUUUCAUUGUCACAUAGGGACAGCAAAAAGAAAAAGGAAAAUAUGGACCCACAUUUAGGAAGGUGUGGUGUGUGUGAAUUUAUGGCAAAUCCAGGAGUGAUUAAAACUCCAGAACUAGGUGAAGUGCAUUCUGUGACACCUGAGUUACAUUCACCUACAGUACCUGUAAAAAGAUUGUUCACUGGAUUAUCUCCAGCCAAUUUAUCAAACUCUCACAAUCAAAAACUUAGAAAGAAAGGAGGGAGGCUAAAAGAACAGCUUAAACAGAACUUAGCGGAAAUGUCUAGCAUUUCUACCCCUAACAGAGGGGCACCACCAGAAGUGUUAGUGGCUGACACACCUGAGGCAGAAUAUGGACUAAACACUCGGGUUCGAAGGUUAAGGAGAAGAAACAUUCAUGACAUUUAAAGUAUUUAUUGAUGAUCAAGCUCUCAAAUUAAAUUUGUAAACUGAUAUUUUAUGUUUCUUGAAUCUACAGCAAAACAAUAUGAAGUAAAUGUUU